AUUAUUACCAGAUGCAUGCCAACAAUAAUGAGAAUUGAUGAAUAUGAAUAUAAGAAAGCUUACAAAUAAGAAAAACAAAACAACCGUCCUUCUCUGUAUACCCACAAAAUUAAAUUAAUCUUUCAUCUCCAAUUUCCAUCAAACAGAUGGCAAAAAAUGCAACUACUCCAACGUGCAACAUCAACUUUUGCUAUUGCACCGACGGCCCAAUUGAUCCCGCGGAUGCCGCCGUCAAACCACCCAGAACCACCACUUGCUCGGUGGUGCCCAGGAGGUUCGACGCUGUGGCGGCACGGCUGCUGAACGGCGUGACAGCCGCGUUCUUUGCCUCGCUGGAACGGUGCUCUUGCAUUAAUAUUGCCACCAAAGAUGAUGUUGAGGAUGGCGGUAGCUUGCCCUUGAUCCGUGGUGGGAUUGUACUGCCGGCUGCUGACGUCAGAUUUACAGGCAACCGUAGGGCGGAGGAGGAGUGUCGUAUGGUUGAGGAUAACAAGGAUGUCAUUCAUGCUCGGAUCUAAAUGAUUUUCAGGGAAGUAUAAUAUUGAUCAGGUCAAAGAAUUAAUUCUUGUGAAAUAAUAAAUAUAUAUUAUUACUACGUACUUGCCUCAAAUUUAUUUAAUCCAAGUCAAAUAAAUAUGAAAAUCGAAUCACAAAUUUAAUGUUCUUUUCAAAAAUAAAUCAAAUUAUGCUUUAUAGAAUCAUAUUAUUAUUGCUAUAAAUUUAAUUGACGCACCAUCAAUCGUCCUGGUCUAAAUGCACGAAUUGAACAUACAACUGUAAUAACAUGGGUCGGGUUCUUAUCAAAUCGUUUGAUGCGACUAAUCAUACAACUUUAGUUUUUGAGAAACAUCUACCUAAAUCCUCCAAAACUGUUGUCCAAAAUUCAGACGCAAUCCUUGUUAGUGAAACUGUAAAAUAUCACUCUACUUUAUCAAUCACUCAAUUUUCUUACAAGUUUCUUGUUUGAUCUUUGCAUUCCUUUUUUUGUUGAGGUAUGCAGCUUUCCUAAAAGCAGGAUAAUGUUUCAUAGAGAAAGGGAUUGACAGAGGCACCAAAUUUCCCAGAGUCGAUCACGUUUUUUUUUUUUUUUUCCAAUCAUGUGAGGAAUGUGGUCCAGAUGUAUAGUCGUGUUUGGAUGUGCAGCCCAUGUUGUUAAAAUCGGUAUUCCACAAUUACUUUUGGGAAAAUGAAUGCCGAUAAUGAUGUCCAAACAUCGGACUUGAAUGGCAUCUGUGGAAACAUGUACAAGUCUUUAAAGCUACAAUUCUGAUUCAUGU